AUGCUAGCGAACAAGCACAAGCCCUGGCUGGAGCCCACCUAUCACGGCAUCGUCACCGAGAACGACCACGCGGUGCUGCUCGACCCCCCGCUCAUCGCCCUGGACAAAGACACGCCUCUGCGGUUCGCAGAGAGUUUUGAGGUGACAGUCACCAAAGAAGGUGAGAUUUGUGGAUUUAAAAUUCAUGGGCAGAAUGUCCCCUUUGACGCAGUGGUGGUGGAUAAGUCCACCGGCGAGGGCCUAAUCCGUUCCAAAGAGAAACUGGACUGUGAGCUGCAGAAAGACUACACGUUCAGCAUCCAGGCCUAUGACUGCGGCCAGGGGCCGGACGGCGCCAACACGAAAAAGUCUCAUAAAGCAGCUGUCCACAUCCAGGUGGACGACGUGAACGAGUACGCGCCUGUGUUCAAGGAGAAGUCCUACAAGGUGGCCGUCACCGAGGGCAAGCAGUACGACAGCAUCCUGCGGGUGGAGGCCGUGGACGCAGACUGCUCCCCCCAGUUCAGCCAGAUCUGCAGCUACGAGAUCGUCACUCCCGACGUGCCCUUCACUGUCGACAAAGAUGGUUAUAUAAAAAACACAGAGAAGCUGAACUACGGGAAGGAGCGCCAGUACAAGCUGACCGUCACUGCCUACGACUGCGGGAAGAGACGGGCGACGGAAGACGUCCUGGUGAAGGUCAGCGUCAAGCCCACCUGCAGCCCCGGGUGGCAAGGAUGGAACAAGAGGAUCGAGUACGAGCCCGGCUCGGGCGCUCUGGCCCUCUUCCCAAACAUCCGCCUGGAGACGUGCGACGAGUCUGUGGCCUCAGUGCAGGCGACGGUGGAGCUGGAGACCGGCCACAUCGGGAAAGGCUGUGACCGUGACACCUACUCUGAGCAGUCUCUUCACCGGCUGUGCGGCGCUGCGUCUGGCACCGCAGAGCUGCUGCCAUCCCCCAGCGGCUCCUUGAACUGGACCAUCGGCCUCCCCACCGACAACGGCCACGACAGUGACCAGGUCUUCGAGUUCAAUGGCACCCAGGCGGUGAGGAUCCCAGAUGGUGUCCUUUCCGUCAACCCGAAAGAGCCUUUUACGAUUUCUGUGUGGAUGCGGCACGGGCCUUUCGGCAGGAAGAAGGAGACGAUCCUGUGUAGCUCAGACAAAACAGACAUGAACCGGCACCAUUAUUCGCUCUACGUGCACGGCUGCCGCCUUGCCUUCCUCCUCCGCCAGGAUCCUUCAGGAGAGAAGAAGUACAAACCUGCAGAAUUCCACUGGAAGUUGAAUCAGGUCUGUGACGAGGAGUGGCAUCACUACGUCCUCAACGUGGAAUUCCCAAGCGUGACUCUCUAUGUGGAUGGCGUUACUCACGAGCCCUUCUCUGUGACCGAAGAUUACCCGCUUCACCCAUCCAAGAUCGAAACCCAGCUCGUGGUUGGGGCCUGCUGGCAAGAGUAUCCAGCAUUUGAAAAUGACAAUGAGACCGAGCCUGUGCCUAUGCCCUCUGCAGGUGGCGACCUGCACAUGACGCAGUUUUUCCGGGGUAAUCUGGCUGGCCUGACCGUCCGUUCUGGGAAACUGGCAGACAAGAAGGUGAUUGACUGUCUGUACACCUGCAAGGAGGGGCUGGACCUGCAGGCCCCGGAGGACGGCGGGGGCGUGAAGAUCCAUACCAACCCCAGUCAGUUGGCACUGACCUUGGAGGGAGACGAUAUUGGGGAGCUGGAUAAAGCCAUGCAGCACAUUGCCUACCUCAACUCUCGGCAGUUCCCCACCCCUGGGAUCCGAAGACUAAAAAUCACCAGCACGGUCAAGUGUUUUAAUGAGGCUGCCUGCAUCUCGGUGCCCCCGGUGGAUGGUUACGUGAUGGUGCUGCAGCCCGAGGAGCCCAAGGUCAGCCUGAGCGGGGUCCACCAUUUUGCUCGCGCAGCCUCAGAAUUCGAAAGCCCGGAAGGGGUUUUCCUUUUCCCUGAGCUUCGGAUCAUCAGCACCAUCACGAGAGAAGUGGAGCCUGAAGGGGAAGGGGACGAGGACCCCACAGUUCAAGAGUCGCUCGUGUCCGAGGAGAUCGUGCAUGACCUGGAUACCUGCGAGGUCACGGUGGACGGGGAGGACCUGAACCCCGCCCAGGAGAGCCUGGAGGUGGACAUGGCCCGCCUGCAGCAGAAGGGCAUCACAGUGAGCGGCUCCGACCUGGGCAUGGUCUUCACAGGUGUGGACACCAUGGCCAACUACGAGGAGGUCCUGCGCCUCCUCCGCUAUCGGAACUGGCACACCAGGUCCCUGCUUGACCGGAAGUUCAAGCUCGUCUGCUCAGAGCUCAAUGGCCGCUAUGUCAGCAACGAGUUUCAGGUGGAGGUGAACGUCAUCCACACGGCCAGCCCCAUGGAGCACGCCAGCCACAUGGCCGCCCAGCCGCAGUUUGUCCACCCGGAGCGCCAUGCCUUCGUCGACCUCUCGGGUCACAACCUGGCCAGCCCCCGCCCGUUCGCAGCCGUCCCCAGCACGGCCACUGUUGUCAUUGUGGUGUGCGUCAGCUUCCUGGUUUUCAUGGUCAUCCUGGGGGUGUUCCGGAUCCGGGCUGCCCACCAGCGGGCCCUGCGGGGCCAGGACGCGGGGAAGGACAGCGAGAUGGACUGGGACGACUCCGCCCUGACCAUCACCGUGAACCCCAUGGAGACGUACGAGGACCAGCACAGCAGCGAGGAGGAGGAGGAAGAGGAAGAGGAGGAGGAGAGCGAGGCCGGGGAGGAGGAAGACGACAUUACCAGCGCCGAGUCAGAGAGCAGCGAGGAGGAGGAGGGGGAGCACGGCGAUCAGCAGAGCGCGAACCGGCAGCAGCAGCUGGAAUGGGACGACUCCACCCUGAGCUACUGAGCCCCCGCCGCCCCCCGCCCGCCUCGGAGACUCUGCUGCCCCAGCCCCCGGGGUCCACGGUGUACAAAGUCAUUCCGGCCAGCAGGUCUGCAGACCCUCCCCACCGCUGACCACCCGCCUGUGCUCGGUGUCGUCCCCGCCCCCUGCCCAGCUCGCUCUGCGUGGCCCCCUUGCGCCUCUGGAAAAGCUGCGAUCCCUGGACUCACUGACCAAGGGUUAAAAUUGCUCCCUCCCGCCUCGUAAUCCUUUCUUCUUCUUUUUUUUUAAAAGUCUUUAUUUUUUCCAAACUAGUGCAUGUAUAAAAUGCAGAAUGGGGGUUAAUAUGUAGAUGAUGAACUGACUUUUUAAUAUUUUGUAAAUAAAUUGGGAUUCCUCGUGUCCUCCGUGCUAGUGUAACCCAGGCCUGGCAUGCAAAGUGAAGCGUGAACCACAGGAGACCCCGUGGGCUCCAGCCCCACCCCCACCCCCGCUCGGCCCCCGCUCAGCGCACACCCUCGGUGGGUGGCCAGGCAGUUCAGGGGCUCAGCGGUGGGGGGCCGGAUCGGGACCCCUCUCUGGAAGCCGGAAACGGCCAGGUUUUUUUCCUUUGGGAUUCUACCCCUUUCUAAUCUGGCAGAGGGGAGAGGGAGCCGGAGUCCCUGGCCUCUUUCACACACUCCGAUGACCAGCAGCUCCUUGCACAGGAAGCUGGACUCCUCGUGUGCAGCCUCGGGUUCCUGCCUCCUCCAUGUCCGACGCCCUGCCAGUGAGCGCGCACUGAUGGCACAAAGCGUCCGGCCGCUUGAUGUGCAGACAGAACCAGCCUGCGUGGCCCCGGACUCAGAGCGUCCGAGGACAGAAGCGCUCUGGCCCCAAAGGCCGAGCGCUGGCUUUUCCCCCAACAGCCCCAGAGGCAAACCCCACUCCCCAGGAGAGCAUGGCCCUGCUGCUCUUGGCGUGUGGGGGGUGGAAAAGGAGAGGACAAGUCGUGAGCUCAAACCCCGACAGCACUUUGUUUUUAAUUUACAUGUAAAAUUUUAGAUUUCUAAACCUGGGGGAAAAUAAUUUUGAAUACUGUUCUGUGAUCAUAACUGCUAGUUCCGAGGACACCGCGGCCGUCCCGCGUCGUGUGUGGCCGCCCCUCCUGUCGCUGUAGCUGCUCUGUGUAGACAAUGGUAGAUGCUAAGGCGGACUCUGUGCGGUGUCACUUGGCAGAUGUGUAUAUUGAUGAGGUCAGAACGUGUGGCCGCUACAAUAAAGUGCUGGCUCUGACUCCAGUGGGAGCGCG